UACUGAUCAACCUUGAUGGGGACUAGUAAUUAGCUGUGUAGUAGUCUUCCAUAUUCUCUUCCUUACUUCACCUCGAUUCUUCUUCUCCACUGAAAAUUCCCUGCAGACAUGGAAGAUCAAGCACGAGUCGACACCCGCUCACGGCCGAGCCACGGCGGCGAACAACCCGAUCAGAGGACCGAGCCGGUGAGGUCACGGUGGACGCCCAAGCCCGAGCAAAUCCUGAUUCUUGAAUCCAUCUUCAACAGCGGGAUGGUCAACCCACCAAAAGAUGAGACCGUCAGAAUCCGGAAGCUGCUUGAGAAGUUCGGCUCAGUGGGCGACGCCAACGUCUUCUACUGGUUCCAGAACCGCCGCUCCCGUUCUCGCCGCCGUCAGCGCCAAAUCCAGGCCAGCCUCAGCAGCGGAGACAAGCCACAGGCGCCGCCCGGGGGCGGCGGCUGCACUGGUGGCGGAAUUGAGUAUGCAAACAUUGUGGCGACAGGUGGGUUCGCGCCUAAUCCAGGGGCGAAUUACCCUGUGAUGAACGCGAGCUCCGGUUGUCUGGUGGGCUCUUCAUCGUCUUGUGGGUUCGGUGGAAAUGGCGGUAAUAAUUCCGAUGAUCUCUUCCCGUUUUCGGGGCAGACGACAGGGCUGUCGGUCCAAGAAUAUGAGCAAACCCCGAUUUUUUGUUCCCCUGAUGCUUCCAGUUUGCACUAUCAACCAGAUGUAAUAACAGUGUUUAUCAACGGGGUAGCAACAGAGGUGGGGAGGGGGCCGGUGGACAUGAGGGCGAUGUGCGGUGGAGAUUUCGUGUUGUUUCAUGCAUCGGGAGUGCCGGUGGAGGUGAAUGAGUACGGAUUUCUGAUGCAGAGCUUGCAGCAUGGAGAGAGCUAUUUUCUGGUGCCAAGACAUUCUUGAAAUUUUGAGUAUUGCAAGUCAGCUGUCUGUGGGAGCUUUGGUCCUUCUAAACUAAACCAGGAUUUGCUCUU